AUGUGGUCUUUUUCGUUGUAAUUUCUUGACUACAUCCGAGUGUUGUCUGAUCCUGAUUCUGUCCAUCAUAAUAACGAAACCUGCUGAAAGUAUCCUGAAAAAUGAUCUAUGGAGGUGUUAAGCACAUAAUUUUUAGAAUACUCUAACUACCUUUGAGUAAAUUCCAAAGCCUUUAUUUUAUACAAUUGCCCAAAAAACACAUUAUUUUGUUAUUUCCACUAAUUUAAUUACCGAUAUCUUGAUAGUGAAGAAAGCUAAACUGGACCGAAUGUGGAUUUAACUUUAUUGAUUCCUUUUUUUUCUAUGCCUACUGUUUGAAUGUCAUUUUGCAGUUUAGCUGAAGGAUUAAUUUAUGGUAAUGUACAAAGAGUCAGAUUUGGGCAGUGAAUUUUUUUUUGGCGUGCAUGUUUGAAGGGGGGAUGCUGAUAACAUAGGUAUAGUGGUUCCAUUUCCGUUUUACCCUGCUUACCAUUGAUAGUGUUUCAUGCUGAUAACAAUGAUUCGUGAAGUGACAGUCUUCGAAAUCCUUGAAAUAUUUUCCUUGAAUGGGCCACUUUUGUUGAAAAUGACAGCAGAAUAUGGAAAGCGUUAGAGACCUUACUCGUUAUCAUGAUUCACAAUUCUUCCGAGUUCAAAUUGAGGGAAAUUCAAGACCAUUGA